CCCGCCCCUCUGCUUCCUCCUGGGCUCAGGCACCCGGGACCCGCCGUUCUGCGUGCAGAGGAGCCGGAGCAGGCCAAGCGGCAACCGCGAUGGGAAAGAAUUGGAGCGGUGCCAGCGGCAGGCGGAUGAGGUGACGGAAAUCAUGCUCAACAACUUUGACAAGGUCUUGGAGCGCGAUGGGAAACUGGCAGAGCUGGAGCAGCGUUCAGACCAACUCCUGGACAUGAGCUCAGCCUUCAGCAAGACAACCAAGACCUUGGCCCAGAAGAAGCGCUGGGAGAACAUCCGUUGGCGGAUCUACUUGGGGCUGGUGGUGGGAGGUGGCCUGCUCAUCCUCCUGAUUGUGCUGCUGGUCAUCUUUCUCCCACAGAGAAGCGAGGGCAGCAGUGGUCCACAGGCCCAGAACAUGGGGCCU